AUGGCGGCCACUCAAUUGAUACGUACUUGGAGGCCGUCGUCAGCCAUUUGCGCCCCUUCAACCUCCCAAACGACGUUUACAUCAGUAAAGAUGAAGUGUAGCAUGAGCAACGCGAUUGGAUUUAGCUUAGAGAACAAUCGGUUCACAGGAGAUGGAGAGAGAAAACCGGUGGUGAUAGCUAAGGCAGCUGCCUGCUCUGAGGCGGCGGUGAACCGUGCGGUCGAUGCACCGAUGCAAACAAGGCGAGGAUUAGAUGUGGUUACUCUGGUGGCGAUUGUAAGACCUGCGGUGGUUCGGAGGUUAUUGUUGGUUACUAGAUCUAGAUCGUGGAGAUCGAUUGUUCAAUUGUUCAUCGAAAAGAUCCAUCAAAAUUUUCAGGCUAUAAUCGAUUGUCGAUUUUUCACGCUGUUCGCCAUAGCAGGAACCUUGCUCGGUUCAGUUUUGUGCUUCCUCGAGGGAAUAUUUUUGGUUAUGGAGUCAUAUUUCCAGUAUUUUCAAUCCGACCAUGGCCAUAUUAUGCAACUACUUAUCGAAUCUUUAGAUAUGUUCUUGGUUGGAACCGCAAUGCUUGUAUUCGGGAUGGGAUUGCAUGUCAUGUUCGUGGGAUCGCAGGGUUCGAAAUCGCAGCUUCAUUCCUCUAACUUUUUCGGAAUUUUCCAUCUCAAGGAAAAUCCAUCAUGGGUCGGAAUGAAAUCCGUGAUCCAAGCAAAGUCGAUGAUCGGGUAUGCUCUAAUGUUGUUGCUUCAAGUCGGAGUGUUGGAAAAGUUCAAGAGCAUACCUUUGGUUACCGGAUUGGAUCUCGCAUGCUUUGCCGGAGCAGUAUUUGUUUCGUCUGCUGGUUUAUUCAUUCUCUCAAAACUUAGUCUUGAUUCUUGA